AUGAUUGUGCCGGAAGUCGAUGAAGAUAUUAUAGAAGGAAUGGAGAACUUGUUCGUGACAAUGAUCGAGGAGUAUUGUGGGGAGACUGAAGCAGAUGCCGAGACACCGACUAUUCGUGAUGCCGAACCAGGAGAGAUCUUGCAGAAUUGGACUUACAAACGACGAGCAAGAUUACGAGGAAUACGACGAACAAACGGCGAGCAAGAUUACGAGGAAUACGACGAUAGCAUGAUGCCUGAGAAUCUUCCGCAAGAGAUCGAGCAACUUGAGAAUCAAAAGAAACCGAACUUGGAUGAAACUGACAUAGUUAACUUAGGAUACGGCGAAGCAGUGAAGGAAACUCGGAUCAGCAUACACUUAGAAGAUGAACAGAAGAAAGAAUUAUUGGAAUUGCUUAAGCAAUAUGUCGACGUAUUUGCUUGGUCCUACGACCGCAUGCCUGGGCUGAGCACCGACAUCGUCUCUCAUAGGCUACCAACUGAUCUUACCCGCCCGCCGAUCAAGCAAAAGCCAAGGAAGUUCAAGCCCGAUUUGAGUUUAACGAUCAAAGAAGAAGUCACUAAGCAGAUUGAAGCAAAUGUCGUAAGGGUUACAAACUACCCUUCCUGGUUGGCCAACAUUGUGCCCGUUCCAAAGAAGGAUGGAAAAAUCAGGAUAUGUGUGGAUUAUCGGGAUCUCAACAAAGCUAGUCCUAAGGAUGACUUCCCCCUUCCAAACAUCCAUAUACUCAUCGAUAACUGUGCAAAACAUGAGCUGCAAUCAUUUGUCGAUUGCUUUGCAGGAUAUCAUCAGAUUUUGAUGCAUGAGGAUGAUGCAGAAAAGACGGCAUUUACCACUCCAUGGGGAGUGUACUGCUACCGAGUAAUGCCAUUUGGCCUUAAGAAUGCUGGUGCGACCUACAUGAGGGACAUGACUAUUUUAUUCCAUGAUAUGAUUCAUAAGGAGAUCAAAGUUUACGUGGACGAUGUUAUUAUCAAAUCUCGAAGGAGUUCAGAUCAUUUUACUGACCUAAGGAAGUUCUUUGAACGAUUGCAGAAGUACAACUUGAAGUUGAAUCCAGCAAAAUGUGCAUUUGGAGUUCCUGCUGGAAAAUUAUUGGGAUUCAUUGUUAGCAGAAAAGGUAUAGAGUUGGAUCCUUCAAAAAUCAAGCUGCCGAAGAAAGAUGCUGCCACAAAAUGGACAAAAGAGUGUCAGAAGGCCUUUGACAGAAUCAAAGAGUACUUGUCCAGUCCACCCGUAUUGGUCCCGCCAGAACCGGAAAAACCUCUAUUGCUGUACUUGUCCGAAUUGGAUGGUGCGUUUGGAUGUGUGUUGGGACAACACGAUGAGACGGGGAAAAAGGAGCAAGCCAUUUACUACCUAAGUAAGAAAUUCACACCGUACGAGGCAAGGUACACUUUGUUGGAACGCACAUACUGUGCUUUGACUUGGAUCACACAAAAGUUGAGGCACUAUUUAUCUGCGUACACCACGUACUUGAUCUCAAGGAUGGAUCCACUCAAAUACAUCUUCCAAAAGCCGAUGCCUACCGGGAAAUUAGCAAAAUGGCAGAUCUUGUUAAGUGAGUUUGACAUCGUGUACAUAACUCAGAAGGCCAUCAAGGGCCAGGCCUUGGCGGAUCACCUUGUAGAGAACCCUGUAGACAAUGAAUACAAACCGCUUACAACCUAUUUUCCUGAUGAGGAGGUACUGUUCGCAGGGGAAGAUAUUUCAGAGACUUAUUCAGGAUGGAGGAUGUUCUUUGACGGAGCGUCAAAUUUCAAAGGAGUCGGAAUAGGAGCAGUUUUUGUUUCCGAGAUGGGUCAGCACUACCCUAUCUCGGCAAAGAUCAGAUUUCCCUGCACGAACAAUAUGGCGGAAUACGAAGCUUGCAUCCUCAGGCUUAGGAUGGUAGUUGAUAUGAACAUCAAAGAAAUUUUGGUAAUAGGCGAUUCUGACCUAUUAGUUCAUCAGGUACUAGGAGAAUGGAACACCAAGAAUGUAAAAAUUCUUCCAUACUUAUAUUGCGUGAAGGAGUUGUGCAAGCAGUUCAGAGAGAUUGACUUCAAGCAUGUGCCUCGAAUCCAAAAUGAGUUUGCUGAUGCCCUUGCGACAUUGUCAUCAAUGAACCAACAUCCGGACAAGAAUUACAUCGACCCUAUCAAGGUAGAAAUACACGAUCAGCAAGCAUAUUGUUUUCAUGUCAAUGAGGAAUUGGAUGGCCAGCCAUGGUACUACGACAUUAAGAAGUUGCUCGAGACGAGAGAAUAUCCGGAAAAUGCAACUGACAAACAGAAGCGGACCUUGAGGAGAAUGACAAAUCACUUUUUCCUUAACGGAGAAAUCCUAUAUAGGAGGACUUCAGAUCUGGGAUUGCUAAGAUGUGUGGAUGCCACAGAGGCGAUGAGGUUGCUAGAAGAAGUACACGCAAGGACAUGUGGACCCCACAUAAACGGAUUCACUUUGGCAAAGAAGAUUCUGAGAGCGGGAUACUUUUGGAUGACUAUGGAAAGAGACAGCAUUCGCUAUGUACAAAAGUGUCAUCAAUGUCAAGUUCACGGAGAUUUCAUUCGAGUUCCCCCAAAUGAGCUCAAUGUAAUGGGCUCCCCUUGGCCGUUCGCUACUUGGGGCAUGGAUGUGAUUGGACCUAUCGAGCCCCCCGCAUCAAACGGACAUCGCUUCAUCUUGGUGGCCAUCGAUUAUUUCACCAAAUGGGUCGAAGCUUCAACGUACAAGGCAGUAACAAAGAAGGUGGUAGUAGAUUUUGUUCGCAACAAUAUAGUUUGCCGAUUUGGGAUUCCAGAGUCAAUUAUAGAUAAUGUGGCCAAUCUCAACAGCGAUCUUAUGAGAGAGACUUGUGAAAAGUUUAGGAUCGCCCACCAAAAUUCCACAGCUUAUCGACCACAGAUGAAUGGAGCAGUCGAGGCAGCAAAUAAGAACAUCAAAAAGAUCUUAAGGAAGAUAACAGACAGUCACAGGCAGUGGCAUGAAAAGUUUCCAUAUGAUUUUCUUGGUUACCGUACCACUGCUAGAACAUCCACAGGAGCAACUCCCUAUAUGCUGGUCUAUGGUUCCGAAGCUGUGAUACCCGCAGAAGUAGAGAUACCUUCUCUUAGGAUUAUCCAAGAUGUUGGUUUGGACGAUGCGGAAUGGAUACGUAGUAGACACGAACAGUUGAUGCUCAUUGAUGAGAAAAGGAUGGACGAUGUCUGUCCCGGUCAGCUUUAUCAAAACAGGAUGUCCAAGGCAUUUAACAAGAGAGUAAGGACUAGGAAAUUCAAACCAGGGCAGUUGGUUUUAAAGCGAAUAUUUCCUCAUCAGGACGAAGCUAGAGGGAAAUUCGCACCAAAUUGGCAAGGUCCAUACGUGGUUCAUCGAGUGCUUUCAGGAGGAGCAUUGAUUUUGGCAGAAAUGGAUGGUAAAAACUAUGCUGACCUGACUUCCCACGGUGGGAUAUGUAGGCAACCCACAUCGGGCCCAGUCUCUUGUAAUAGAAGAUCCCAAAAACAUUAUCUUCAUGUAUCUCCAGAAGCAAGGUCAAGUUGCUCCGCCAAUCAGAGAUUUUUACUUUACAUUACAGUUGCUCCGCCAGCCGGAAGCCUUUUCAUUAUAGUUCCUCCGCCAGCCGGAAGCUUUAUAUUACAGUUGCUCCGCCAACCGGAAGCUUUACAUUACAGUUGCUCCGCCAGCUGGAAGCUUUACAUUACGCUCGCUCCGCCAGCCGGAAGCCUCUACAUUACAGUUGUUCCGCCAGCCGGAAGCUUUACAUUUCAGUCGCUCCGCAAAUCGAUGAACACAAUACAACGUGGAACUAUCUCUGCCACAGCGAACUGA